UCUAGUGUUCCUUUUGGUUCUGCAAACGGGAAAAUUAGAGGAAGAAGAUGAAAAGUGGAAGCUUUUCAGAUGAAUCAGACACUCUGUAUAACGUUUGGGUCUCAGUGGGGCACGCUUCUCUCGUUCUGCCACCAUCGGUUUCUGUGUCGAGAUUCAGAGAAGAAAGCCUUUCUCUGACGGGCACUGGUUCGGAAGCAGAAGCAGCGAGGUUCGGCACGACUGGUUUCCUCGGAAGUUGGUGAAAUCUUGGCCGAGACUUCAUGCCCAGGUCCCUCUAGAUUGAUAUGAACCGUGCUGGAAGGCGAAUCACCGUUUCCUGAUUUGUCCUCGUCGUUUUCUUUCUGUUGAUUUCUGUUUCAACCUCCUGCUGCAACUCGGGAACUUCUUCUUCUUCUUCAGAAGAAUGUGUCGGAUUCUUUCUCUCCUUUGCUCCACUCCCCACUUCUGGUCAUGUUUCCUUGUCUUGGCCUCGAUCGAUCUCAUCAUGAAUCGGUUGCCUUCAGCAUCUUCUCAGAUGAAAUUAACUGUGGGUAAUUUUUAUAAAACAAAAGAUCAAACUUUAAAAUAAUUAAACUGAAACCCAGAAGCCACCAAAGUCUAAGAUAUAGCAAGCUGAACACACAAAAGGGAAAAGUUCAUAAAUGAAACACUGUGAGAUUUAGGAGAAUAAAUUUCCUUUUUCUAACCACAAACAUGAAUCGUUUCCUUUAAUUUUCUUUAAAGAAAUGGAAAACAAAAUAUACGGAAAUUAGUGGUAAGAACAAAAAAAAAAAAAAAGACUUGUAUGCCUAUUUCCAUGGAUCUGAGAUUCAAGCAUUAGGGCAAAAAAAACAACUCGAUGGAAAAAACUGUGGAGUUCGCAGAAUCAGCAGCUGCACCAAUGACAAGUGUUUUGCUUGUGAAGACUGGACUCCCUGGUUGGCAAAAAAUCCUGAUGAAGGUGUUUGAGGACAUUCAAGGUUUGCAGUUCACGAUCGACGCGCCAAACAUGUUGAUGUAUCUGUCGGGUAAAGUCGAUCCUCUUGUCAUCAUCAAGAAGCUCAAGAAAGCGAAAACUCACGCUGUCCUCUACCGCAUCGAUUACGGCUACGAAGAGAAUCCUCACGAUCCCCGAAAACCGACCGAUGAUUUCAUGAGUUGCACAUUCCAUGUGAACACGGAAGACGGUGGUUGGUUUAAGAAGCUCUUAGGAGCUUUGAAGACCGUCCAAGGUGUGUCGUUCACCAUAGACGCAGCAUCUCAGCUGGGUUAUGUCUGUGGGAACAUAAACUCAGGAGUGCUGAUGAAGAUGAUUGCAAAGGUUGGCAUUGAAGUUUACAGAAUCGACUAUGGAUUCCGACCUAAUGAUCAAAAACCGAACCAAUUACUGAUCAAAUCCGAACCCGAACCCGAACCCGUUUCUAGGAAUGAAAUGGAUAAGAAACCGAAAAAGGCCGCAGAGACGAGAACCGAAGUUGUCACUUCACCAAACCAUCGAUCCAAGAUUAAGCCUCGAAGUUUCGGAAGAUUUUUGGUGCCAAAGUUUCUUUGGACCUCAUGAGGUGUGUAUCUUCGUUCUUUAGAAGUGAUAUCUAGGUUGAGUUAUAUCUCUAUGCUUAGAUAUUUUAU